AUGUCAAACAGAGUCCCAGUCCCAGACACCGGGAAGCUAAACGGCCACUGGAUUCUCGGCGAAAUCCUCGAUCACAUAUCCGAGUUCGUCGAGGACUUCCCCAACAUCGACUUCGACGACCUGAGCACCCUCGUCUCGGACGUCCGUGACCACAAAGCCGAUACCGAGACCCAACUCAGGCUCUUCCUGAAAGUCUUCCGAAAGACAAGGACAUACAAACAUGCCUUCAAAAUCCUCGACCCCCAGGUCAAACAGCAAAUCGACAGAUUCAUAGAGGGCGACUCCGCAUCGGAUGUCACACAGUCCGGGUUCGAAGUCCUUCCCAGCCCCGCUGCUAUCCAUCACUUCAAGGUCCUGGAAUCCAUCCUCGGGUGGGAGGAUGUACCCAAGAUCUACGAGGACAAGGCCGGGACUAAGGUCAUGGAGGUGUACGCCGAUAAGACAUUCGACAACUGGGGGCUGACGGUGCAAAAUAAACCCAAAUUCACCUUCAUCCCAACCACCAUCCUUGGACUGGAGAACCUCGUCAAGUACGCCGGGAAGGAGGGUCUCCGCAUUAGGUGCAGCGGCUACAGACACACUUGGGCCCCCAUGUUCUCCGCCGACAACGAGAUCUUGGUCUCGCUAUUGAAUAUUCAGAAGGCGACCCAGGUUCCGGACCCCUCAACGUUGUUUCCUCCCCCGCAAUCAAAUGCACUGAAUGAGCUUAAGAGUAUUCAAAUUGAUGAUCUUACGGUCCCUUCGAAGCCGGGGAAUAUAUGCGUUCGUGUUGGUUCCGCGGUUACUGCAGAUGAGUUUAGGAGGUGGCAGAUUGCCCACGGGACCUGGGCGCUGCCGAUGGAUGUUAUCCUUGUGGAGUAAGUUCUCGAUUCCAAAUCAUCAUAUGUCACUCGUGCUGAUUUUUCUUCCUCUGAACAGAGUCACUAUGGUAUAACACAUUUCUCUUUAGUCUAAAUGGGGAAUCGUUGUGAAGGAGUUUUACUGACCCUAAUGGCCUAGGGAGGAGCAAACGCCCCCAUCUGCCACGGCGCCGGGCGUGAACACAAGACUAUCUCCGACCAAGUCCGCAAAGUAGAAUACGUCGACGCGAAAGGCGUCCACCAAACCAUUUCAGACCCCGAACUUCUCAAAGCGGCCGCGGGCUGCUUCGGUCUUCUUGGUAUAGUUACCCAUCUAACCCUGGAACUCCAGCCAAUGUCCUACGCCGUGAUGCGUCCAGAGAAGCCGGAUAUCAACCUCGCUAUCCCACCCCUAAAACCUGAAGAUGUCCCUUUUGCUUUAAGAAAGACAUUCACGCCAGAACAGCUCGCCGAGGCUACCAGGCGCUUCGAAGAGCGUGUGGAGAAAGACUAUUAUUCCGAGUUCUUCUGGUUCCCGUUCCAGCAGAAGGCAUGGGUGCACUGCUGGAAUCCCGUAGACCACCAGGAGGGCGCGGAGCAGUACCCUCCUACAUUCGAGAUCUGGCUCCAGUGGAUUCAAGGAUGGCUUGGAGGAGUCAUCAUCGAGACGGAGUUCUUCAAGGCCAUCCCAGGACGCUGGCAGGCGGAGUUCCUGGCGACGCUCUCGAUGGCCGCAUUACCGCCCCAAUUCUUCGGGAAACACGAUACCGAGAUUAAGACUUCUAUGCCCGAUGCAUUGCAUUUUAGACGUGGUGUAAGUUCCUCCCCCUCACCCAUCUCAAUACGGGACGGAGGCAAUACUGGAGGGUCUUUUUUUAAAAAUAAAAAAAAUGUGACAGACCCAAAACAUGCGUUGCCGAGACAUGGAAUUCCAAAUCCCAAUCCCGAGCCGAAAAGAUGACCCCUCGAAGCCUGACUGGACGAUCGUCCAGCGCGCCUGGUGGGACGCCAUUAACCUCGUCUACUCCGACCCCGAAUCCCCUAUGCGCCUGACGCUGGAACUCCGCAUCAUGGCAGAUAGCGACAUCAUCAUGGCGCCCCAGCGCGGGAAUAAGCACGGAACCGCCAGCAUCGAGGUCCUGUCCAUCCCCGACGCGGUCAGCGAUGGAGAGUGGAAGCCAUUCUUGCAGCUCAUUGCCGACAAGUGGAUGAGUUAUGGGAAGAUCUAUGGACAGGAAUUGAAUGUUAGGCCACAUUGGGCCAAAGAAUGGUUUGUUACUCUCGCUCGUUCAUUCUUCGGUCCUGUUGUUUCUCUAACCGGUUGGGUAGGGAGGGGUUGAAUCUUGAUGGCAUUCCGGCCAGGAAGUAUCUCAAGACCGUUGCAUACAAGGAGGAGAUCCCUGAGUUCAGGGACACCUUGAAGAAGAUCGGGGAGGUGCAAAAGUGGCAGCUGUCGGAUCUUAAGAAGCUGUUUUCGAAUGAGCUUUGGGAUGACCUGGUGCUUGAUACCGUGCAAAUCUAG